AUGCAAACCAUAAAGUGUGUAGUGGUUGGAGAUGGUGCUGUAGGAAAAACGUGUUUACUGAUAUCUUACACAACAAAUAAAUUUCCAAGUGAAUAUGUUCCAACGGUAAGUGAGGCACUUUUAUACAGCUAUUUCAAGAAAGGUUGUCGCAAAAAUGUGCAUGUGACAAUCCUGAAAGGUAAUAUGGGAUAUGAUCAAUACACUGUGUCUGACGACUGUACCUGCCGAACCUACUUUUGCUGCUUUCCUUUAGCACUCGCAAACACAUUUCCACGGCCUUUCGUACCAAUUCUUUCAAAUUUCUUUAAAGAACAGCAAACUUAAAACCACCCACAGUGCUUCGCAAUUGUCGCAUGCACUUUUUCCGACAACCUUUCUCGAAAUAGCUGUAUAAUGAUAAGUUUAACCCACCCAACACCAUACAAAAUGAUGACCUUCUUUAAACUUGAAUACAGUCAAAACCCUCUCUACAGACACCUGCUUAAAUACGGAUACGUCAUUAUUAUGGAUAGUAUCCAUUCGCGCCAGCCUUUACAGUAAAAAAAAAAUUCAACCCUCUUAAUACAGACACCCUGUUAAUUUGGACACUUUCUGUUGCCUCCUCUGUAUCUGUAUUAGCAGAGUUUGACUGUAGUCAUUAUAAAGCAGUCUUUUAGCUUUCUGUCUGAUACAAAGAACAUCUUAUUACAAGCCUCAGAUUUACAUGCCUAUGAAAGAGAUGUGAUCUCUUUCUUUCUUAUAACAUAGUUAAAUGCACCUACUUGCAGCAAAUGAUACCUAUUAUGAUGUAAACCCAAUGCAGCUGGGCAGUCAUUAGUAGGCGUUAGCCGGCUUUUUUAGCAGGCUACUGUAGUAAAAUCAACCGGCUACUCAUAGUUUCAAAGUAAGUCAGACGUUACAUGCACAGAAGAAUUUAAGGGAUAAAUGACCGGUUACUUUUAAUAAGAGACCAGCUACCUUAAAGCAGCCCUGAUACAGGGCUCAAAAUGUCCUACCCGGUUAUCUAGGAAAAAUAGACUUUCUUGCUGGGCAAGCAACUUUUGUUAUUCACUUCUCCAACAGACAAAGGUCAAGACAAGCAUUUUACUAAAUUAUAAAGUGAGACAACUAUAGAACUUUCCUGGCAUACAUAACCUGAAAUUGCAGCUGUCUCUGUUUGCUAAGGAAGUUUCCUGGUCUCUUGUGAUGAAGUUUCAAAAUCUUCCACAAAAGAUCUGUAGCAAGACUGUAAUGCUUCUUCUAAAGAGUAAUAUCUUUCACGAAAUGACUUUUGUUGUAGACUCAUUGUGUUUAAACAUAAGUACGACCUUCUGUCUUUUGUCUGUCAUUCAUAAACUGUAGUUAAAACAAUAUAAUUACUACAUAUUUUACAUCAUCAGUGUGGAAUUUCCAUAGUUGAGGUACUGACAUCCUAGUGGCAAGGAGCAGGAAUUGGCAAAGCCUAAACCCAGACUUACAGAUCUUAAGUGCAACUGUUUCUGAAUUUUGUCUUCUUAAAAAUGUGCUUGUCCCCACGGACAGGUCAUGUUGAAGUUUUUCAUGUCCAAACUAAUUUUCACCUGUCCCAGACAAUCGGACAUAGGUUUUGGCACGCCCUUAUUAUUGACGAACAGCUGGGAAGCUUCAAAAGCUAUUUGGUUCUCAUCACUUCUGACAAGCUAAGACUAAUGUAAUGUUUAAUCACAUUUACAUAGCUUAAAGGAUUUUUAAAGGAGUAGAAUAUUUUUGUUUACCAGGUGUUUGAUAAUUAUGCAGUCACUGUGAUGAUUGGUGGAGAGCCUUUCACGUUAGGACUGUUUGAUACUGCGGGUAAGAGUAUAUGACAGCUUAAACAAACUUUCUGUAUGCAUCUAUCUUGGCUGGCAUUAAAAUUUUCAAAUUGCAGUCCCUCAGAAUUUUACAUAGUGGUCAAAUUGUUAAACAAAUUCGCUUGUGACUGUUGUGUUUUACCCGAUUUCAAACUAAGGGUAGCUGGCCUUUCUUCAUACCAAUUAAUUUAAGGGUUAAUUGAUCUGACAAGCAUUAAGUGUGGAAGGGAUGCCAGGUCUUUAGCUGAAAGAUGUUUUUGGUGUUUUCUAGUCCUACACAACAUUCAUUGGCUGCAUAUGAAUAAGCGCUAGGUUUGUGGAGUUCUAAAAACUCAUUCAAGGCUUGAAUAAACUGAUGCCAUGUCUGCAAAGUUUAGCAAAGAUAUUUGGGGGUGGGGGAAGGGGUGUAUAGAUUCCAAGUUCCCAGCUAUGUGCAAUUAGGAUGGGGGGGGGGGGGCAGGGGACUGAACAGCCAGGGGAACCCCCAGGCCCCUAGCUGCCCCUUGGUGAUAGCCUUGGUUUAACUAUGAAAAAUGGAGAAUGUUCUAAACAUUCCUUUUAGUUUUAUUAUGUGCUGGUACUUACCAGUAACUGAAAUGCAGACAGUUAGCUUAUGUUAUUAACAACUAAAGUAAAGAUCACAGGUUAUCUCAAGUUUGAAAAAGUGUCAUGACUGAGUUUUUUUUUCUUCAAUAGGUCAAGAAGAUUAUGACAGACUGAGGCCCCUGUCCUACCCUCAAACAGAUGUGUUCCUCGUGUGUUUUUCUGUGGUGUCGCCAUCUUCAUUUGAAAAUGUUAAAGAAAAGGUAGCUAAAAUUUGAUUGUUAGCCCUUUUGUCCCUUAUAGUAACCAAUAAAAAUUGAAAAAAGCAUCCAAAGUCCUUUUGUAAAAUUCAAAGAUAUCAAGAGUACCAUGAAACAUAGUCUACAGUCAGUAACAAAGUAGUUGAAACACUAUUCUCAAAUGGAAUGACGUCAGAGAACAAAACAGUCCACACCACUCCCCCAUUCAAAUUUGGGGUGAUUGUUGUUUCUUACAGGUAGAUGGAACAGCAGCAAAACAUUACAUGGAUGGGGUGUGGGAAGGAAAGCUUCAUUUUCCCCUAACCCCAGAAAUGCCCUUUAGGGUAAAGUGUCUCAACUAAUUUUGUCACCACAUUUUGGUACAGAAACUUGUCAAAUUCUCAUUAUGUUGAGAACUCGCCCUCGCCACCACCCUCCCCCCCCCCCUUGACAAUUAUUUUUAGCUGUUUGUCGUAAAACAGUGACUUUGUUACCUCUGUGUCCUCCAUUGCUAAUGCAUAAAAAUCUCCAAAGAUGCAAAAUGAUUCAUGGUAUGUUUCCGUUAGGACGCAAAGAUCAAUCAAUCAAACUGAACAUUUGUAUUUGUAGAAAUAUCCGGCCUCUUCAUGUAAUUUCUGUGGCAGUUAUAUUUUUUUUAUGGCUGUUUUUUAACGAUGCAUAUUUCUUCUAGCCUUUGUUGUGCUUUAAAAUAGAAGGACUAUAUUUUAAUUUCAGUAUACUGUAAUACAGAGGUUUGGAGUCUGCCCUCAGAUUAACUGUCUGGUUACAUAAAGGCCCAAGCAUUUUCAAUUUAGGAUUUUGGAACUGGGACUCAUUGGUUCUGGACUGGGACUCAUGAUUUUUCACAAGAUGAGUCCCAGGACUCACCAUAACAAUUUGUAACAAAAUCACUGGUAAAAGUGCUGUUAUUAAUAGUUUUAUGGUUUUGUUUUCAGUGGGUUCCAGAGAUUACCCACCAUUGUCCCAAGACACCAUUUUUACUUGUUGGUACCCAAGUCGACUUACGGGAUGAUGCGGGAACAACAGAGAAGUUGAUCAAGAACAAGCAAAAACCCAUCACUGUUGAAUCUGCAGAAAAGCAAGCACGAGAGCUGAGAGCUGUCAAAUAUGUAGAAUGCUCUGCGUUAACACAAAAGGGCCUGAAAAAUGUCUUUGAUGAAGCAAUCUUAGCAGCACUUGAACCUCCAGAGCAACCGAAGAAGAAAAUUUGCUCUUUGCUUUAA